AUGGUAUAUUUAUUUAACGUCACAUCUUCCAGAGUUCUAAACAGUGCAAGAACAACUGCCCCCAAGGGACCUCCAAGGGGCAUUGGCGCCAACAAGGCCCCUUCCAGGAGCGGUGGCGCCCUCAUGGGUCCUCCUUUAGGGGUGGAAGCACCCCCAGGGGCCCUCCCGGAGAUGGCGACCCUAGGGGCCAUCCCAGGGGAGCUGGCGCCCACAGGGGACUUCCAAGGGCCGGUGGCGCCCCCAGGGGCCCUUUCAUGGGUGGCGGUGCCCCUAGCGACCCUCCCAGGGGCAUCUGCAACCCCAGGGGCCCUAUCAGGGACAAAUAGCGCCCCCAGAGGCCCUCCCACUGGCAGCGGUGCCCCCAGGGUACCUCCCAUAGACAGCUGCGCCCCAAAGUUCUCUCCAAGGGGCUGUGGCCCCCCCCCAGGGGCCCUGCCAGGUGAGUUGGCGCCCACAAGCGACCUUCCAAGGGCGGUGACGCCCUCAAGGGCUCUUCCAGGAGUUGUGACACCCCCAGUGGCCCUCCCAGGGGCGGUGGCGCCCACAGGGGAUUUCCUAGAGGCCCUCCCUUUGGCGACAGUGCUCCCAGGGGACCUCCCAGGGGCAGUGGCACCCCCAGGGGAUCUUCCAGGGGCCAUCCCCCGUGAUGCCGCAUCCCCAUAG